AAGAACCUGUAAUUGAUGAAAUGGUAAUUGAAGAAUAUGAUGACGAAAGAAGAAACCGAUUAGUAGACAUCAGAAAUGAACACAACGAAGAACACAUACCUGAUAUUCAAAUAGCAGAUAAAGAUCUGGAAGGUUACAGGCGCAAAUUCGAUUGUAUUAAUAAAACCGUUAAAAGUGAAGUUAUGAAUAUGAAAUUUGAUGAAUUAAAUCAAAAGAAUGAAGUUAAGAUCAGAAUUAUACCUGAGGGCUCACAUAAAAAGAA